UCACUUUUCCCAGUGAUCCACUCCACUCCUUUUAAAGCCUCUGCAUUUCUUCUGUUCUACUAUUCCAUUUUCUUCGCAAAACUCAACCACCAACUCUUCCUCUCUUCUAACUCAAAAUGAAGAUUACCAUGUUGGGAUCUGCAGUGGCUGCGUUGAAGAAGGCCGCAGCAGCAUCACCUAGCACAUGUGCAUCAACCCAUCUCCUGAGUCGGUCCUACUACUCCGCAGGGUCCUACCCUGAAAGGAAAGUUGCGAUAUUAGGAGCGGCAGGGGGCAUUGGACAGCCACUGGCUCUGCUAAUGAAGCUAAACCCUUUUGUCUCUUCCCUUUCUCUAUACGAUAUAGCCAAUACUCCCGGUGUUGCGGCCGAUGUCAGCCACAUCAACUAUCCUGCUCAGGUCGCAGGUUAUGUGGGUGAAGAAGAGCUGGGUAAAGCAUUGGAAGGAUCUGACCUUGUGAUUAUUCCUGCGGGUGUUCCAAGAAAGCCUGGAAUGACCCGUGAUGAUCUUUUCAACAUCAAUGCUGGAAUAGUGAAAUCCUUAUGCGUAGCCAUUGCUAAAUAUUGUCCCAAUGCACUGGUCAAUAUGAUAAGCAAUCCAGUGAAUUCAACAGUCCCAAUUGCUGCUGAGGUUUUCAAAAAAGCAGGGACCUAUGAUGAGAAGAAGCUAUUUGGUGUGACUACACUUGAUGUGGUCAGGGCUAAAACUUUCUAUGCUGGAAAGGCUAAAGUGCCAGUGGCUGAUGUUGAUGUGCCGGUAAUUGGUGGCCAUGCUGGCAUCACUAUCCUCCCACUCUUUUCUCAGGCCACACCAAAAGCCAACUUGCCUGAUGAUGACAUAGAAGCUCUUACUAAGAGAACACAGGAUGGAGGAACAGAAGUUGUUGAAGCAAAAGCUGGAAAGGGAUCUGCAACACUAUCAAUGGCCUAUGCUGGAGCUGUUUUCGCUGAUGCUUGCAUAAAGGGGCUUAAUGGAGUCCCAGACAUUGUCGAGUGUUCUUUUGUGCAAUCGAGUGUCACAGAAUUACCUUUCUUUGCCUCCCAGGUAAAGCUGGGAAAGAAUGGUGUUGAGAAAGUCUAUGGACUUGGUCUACUUUCUGAAUUUGAGAAACAGGGUCUUGAGAAACUCAAGCCAGAGCUCAAAGCAUCUAUUGAGAAGGGAAUCAAGUUUGCCAACCAAAAUUAAGUAGAUUAAUUAGAAGAUUCUCACAUUCAAGAUUCCUGGUUUUGUGUUGCUGUUUAUAGUUUUGCUUUCAUCCAACAGAUAAUUGUAUUUUGCUGUGGGGUUUGUAAAGUGAUUAUAAUGUAAUCCAAAACUAAACUCUACUAAUCUGCUGAUA